GUCGGAAGUGACGUCAUGUCAAACAGAUGAACAACGGGGUCGAAGGAUCGUACGUGAAUUCUAAUCAAUGGAAGGAUUACAAAUCAGUUGUAUAUAGAUCCAAUCGAAUAUGUGAUGCUACUCUCAACCAACCAAUGGACGGACCAUACAGGUGAUUGCUGAGUGGACAUCCCAAAUGUAGGGUUCGUUUAUCAUCUGUGAUCAUUGAUCUCAGAAUUUCCCAUUAAAAGUUUCGUGAUGCGGUCUGUCAACAGAAGCAUGUGCUCUGGGAAAUACUGAUGAGCAUCGGCUGCCUGCAUUCAUUGGUCUUCAUUCAGGGGAUUUAUUUUGGAGUUACUACAGAUGAAAAACAACCUCAAUAUCUAGUGUGUGAUUGGAGCUUAAUCAGCGUGCUGUUGCUACUGGCUAAAACAGAGCAUAAGAGACCGGAGGGGAGUACUGAACUAGGCUCACAAUAGCCAUAUCCCAUUCAAAAUGAGUGGAACACAUAAAUAUGAUGACAAUCGCCACCGCAAAAAGACCAGUUCAAGAACUGGCAGCAGUGGGGGACGCAGCAGCAAUACUGGCAAUGCAGGAGUACUUAUGGUUGGACCCAAUUUCAGGGUGGGAAAGAAAAUUGGAUGUGGUAAUUUUGGAGAACUAAGACUUGGAAAAAAUCUGUACAACAAUGAACACGUUGCAAUCAAAUUGGAACCGAUGAGAUCCAGAGCACCACAGCUUCACUUGGAAUACAGAUUUUACAAAAUGUUGGGCCAAUCAGAGGGUAUCCCUCAAGUGCAUUACUUUGGUCCAUGCGGUAAAUACAAUGCCAUGGUGAUGGAGCUCCUAGGUCCAAGCCUUGAAGACCUCUUUGAUCUAUGUAACAGGCAGUUCUCUCUAAAAACAGUCCUACUCUUGUCUAUACAAUUGUUACACAGAAUAGAAUAUGUACAUAGUAAGCACCUCAUCUAUCGUGAUGUGAAACCAGAAAACUUCCUGAUCGGCAGGAGUUCGAGUAAGACACAGAAUACCAUCCACAUCAUCGAUUUUGGGUUGGCCAAAGAGUAUAUAGACCCCGAGACCAACAAACAUAUACCUUACAGAGAACACAAGAGUUUAACGGGCACGGCGAGGUACAUGAGUAUCAACACACAUUUAGGGAAAGAACAAAGUCGGCGAGACGACUUAGAAGCCUUAGGUCACAUGUUCAUGUAUUUUCUACGAGGUAGCUUACCAUGGCAGGGAUUAAAGGCGGAUACGCUAAAGGAAAGAUAUCAGAAGAUUGGAGACACAAAACGGGCCACGCCUAUUGAAGUUCUAUGUGAAAACUACCCAGAGGAGAUGGCAACAUAUCUAAGGUAUGUUAGAAGACUAGAUUUCUUUGAGACACCUGACUACAACUACUUAAGAAAGCUGUUUAUGGAUCUCUAUGAGAAGAAGGGCUAUACGAAUCAACACGAGUUUGAUUGGACGGGCAAAGAAACGAUAUCACAUGUACCUAGCUCAUCGAAUGAUGGCGGUCAAGCCACACAAGCCAAAGAUGGCCGUAAAGAUGAUCAUCAAAGGACAACAACAAACCAAAGGUGGGAUGUACCACAGCAGGGUAGGUUAGAAGCCCCAGGGGUAGGUAACCAACCAGGGUCAAUCCAAGUCAUCAGUUCAACCAACGGUGAGGUAGCGCCAGACGAUUUCAACAAAGGCUCACAGGCACCUAUCACCACACCUACAGGGGAAGUGGAAGUUGUAGAAGACACAAAGUGCUGUUGUUUUUUCAAGCGGAAAAAGAAGAAGGGUCUUGGAAGGCGGAAGUAGCCGUCCAUGUUUUAUCCUUCGUUCUCCAAUUGAAUGACCCUCUCAACCAUAUGCUCUCUCAUCAAUUCUAAGUGGUUAUUCUUCUCUUCAGAGUUUGCCAUGGGAUUGCAUCAAGGCAUUUCCUCAGACCGGACAUUCUGUCAUCAGCCUUCCGUGAUAAGCGUAUGUAGGCAUCUACCAAGGUUUCACCGACCUAUUUCCCUAAGAAUGGUUAUCGAAUCAUCAAACUACCUUGGCAAAUGGCUGUUGGUUUGUAUCAGGGCUGUAGGAAGUGCCCAAGACUGUACAUGCUUUCAUCAGAAAUCUGCAGCUAGCCUCAGUAGAGUUGUCUCCCUUCUAUCGGACCAUUUGUGCUAGUUUGUGGAGAGAUACGUCUGGAUUGUCUGACGGCUUUACUGAGAGCAAUAUCUGUUUU